CCUGAAACUUCAAGCGUAGAAAGGUUUCCACCAGGCCCCUCAGAGUGGCGGUGUGGAACUACAUUCUUUCUCUGCCAGGGGCUGGCUUGAAAACGAGGAGGAGGAGGAGGAGGAGGGAAAGGCGGCGGCUCUUGGAAGUUUUGUCUGGGCUGUCUCUCUCUUUUGUGUCCAUCUUCGUUUGAGUAACAAGACGGAGAACCCCGGACAGGCUCUUUGCUCUAACGAGCGGCUGGACCUAAAUGGUGGCGGAUCCGAGGACCAGUUCCGUCGUUGUGGCUGCUAUGAGGCUGCUUUGUUUCGCGGUCCAGGCUCUUUGCCCCAAGUGAUGGGACGCACCGCGAUCGCUGCUGCUCCUGCUCCUGCUCGAGCAACGGUUGCAGCGCGUGUUCUUUCCGCCCCGCGCUCGCCCAACUGCACAGCUAGCAACUCUUCGCCAGGAGCGGCCGUCUCCGCGACCCGUUUUCUGAGUGUCCCGUGAAAGAUCCUGGAGACCGCCGCCGCGCACUCCGGGCCGCUGGUGACCCGGCUGGCUUUCGGUUCUUCCAACGGAGAGUGUGGAAACAACCGCGAAGCUUUUUGUGUUUCGCUUUCUGUCGGAUGGUCCCGCAGCGCUCCGGGGAAGCCCCUUUGGGAUAACCUGGAGGAAAAGGAAAACAAAGCUUUGGGCUGCUGAACUCUUUUUUUUCUUCGCCGUUCUGACAAUAGAAAUUCCAGUUGAGAAGCCGGGACAAUUCUCUUCAAUCGAUUUAGAGAUGAUUUAGGACACCGCUGCUUUUACAUUAAGCUGAUUUUGGAUUUAUGAAUCGGAUAGUGUUGGAAGCUUUUGGAAAAGUCUUCCCCUUUCCCCUCUCCCAUCAGCUUUCCCGUUUGGCAUGAGACUAUCGACAGGCUCCACCACCUGGAGACAAUGUUUGCAGAGUUUGUUCAUGUCUGUCUCUUUGGAUUGAUAUGUCUUUCUUCAGGUUCACGUCUUCGUCAAGAUGAUUUCCCACCUCGAAUUAUUGAACAUCCUUCGGAUUUAAUUGUUUCUAAAGGAGAACCAGCAACUCUGAACUGCAAGGCUGAAGGCAGACCAGUUCCAACAAUUGAAUGGUACAAAGGAGGAGAAAGGGUUGAAACUGAUAAAGAUGAUCCUCGUUCUCAUCGGAUGUUGCUACCGACUGGAUCUUUAUUUUUCUUACGUAUAGUUCAUGGACGCAAAAGUAGGCCUGAUGAAGGAGUUUAUGUCUGUGUAGCCAGGAAUUACCUUGGUGAAGCUGUGAGUCACAAUGCAUCAUUGGAAGUAGCAAUACUGCGAGAUGACUUCAGACAAAACCCUUCAGAUGUUAUGGUAGCGGUAGGUGAGCCAGCUGUGAUGGAAUGCCAACCUCCUCGAGGCCACCCUGAACCUACAAUUUCAUGGAAAAAGGAUGGAUCUCCUUUGGAUGAUAGAGAUGAAAGAAUUACAAUCAGAGGAGGGAAGCUGAUGAUUACCUAUACCAGAAAAAAUGAUGCAGGGAAAUAUGUCUGUGUUGGAACAAAUAUGGUUGGAGAAAGAGAAAGUGAAGUAGCAGAGCUUACUGUUCUUGAAAGACCAUCAUUUGUAAAGAGACCAAGUAAUUUAGCAGUAACCAUAGAGGACAGUGCAGAAUUUAAUUGUGAAGCACGUGGAGAUCCAGUGCCAACACUGAGAUGGCGAAAGGAUGAUGGAGAACUACCUAAAUCAAGAUAUGAAAUACGUGAUGACCACACCUUGAAAAUCCGGAAAGUUAUGGCAGGAGACAUGGGUUCUUAUACUUGUGUUGCAGAAAAUAUGGUUGGAAAAACAGAAGCAUCAGCAACUUUAACAGUUCAAGUUGUAUCUGAGCCACCACAUUUUAUUGUUAAACCUCGAGAUCAAGUGGCUACAUUAGGUAGAACUAUCACUUUCCAGUGUGAAGCAACUGGGAACCCUCAACCAGCAAUAUUUUGGCGAAGAGAAGGAAGCCAGAAUUUACUGUUCUCGUACCAACCUCCUCAGUCUUCCAACCGGUUUUCAGUCUCUCAGACCGGUGAUCUUACCAUUACAAAUGUCCAGAGAUCUGAUGUUGGAUAUUAUAUCUGCCAGACUUUAAAUGUUGCAGGCAGCAUCACAACAAAAGCAUACUUGGAGGUAACUGAUGUGAUUGUAGACCGACCUCCCCCUGUCAUUCGUCAGGGUCCUGUCAAUCAAACUGUAGCUGUAGAUGGUACUUUAAUUCUCAACUGUAUAGCUACAGGCACUGUCAUGCCCAUAAUUCUCUGGAGGAAAGAUGGCAUCCUUAUCUCUACUCAGGAUUCUCGAAUCAAGCAACUGGAAUCUGGGGCACUACAGAUUCGAUAUGCAAAGCUGGGUGAUUCUGGUCGAUACACAUGUAUUGCCUCAACCUCAAGUGGUGAAGCAUCAUGGAGUGCUUACAUUGAAGUUCAAGAAUUUGGCAUUCCAGUGCAGCCACCACGACCUACUGACCCUAAUUUGAUUCCUAGUGCACCAUCAAAACCUGAAAUUACUGAUGUCAGAAGAAAUACAGUAACCCUCUCAUGGAAACCUAAUUUGAAUUCAGGUGCAACUCCAACCUCUUAUAUUAUAGAUGCCUUCAGCCAUGCAGCUGGUAGCAGCUGGCAAACUGUAGCAGAAAAUGUGAAAACAGAAACAUUUGCAGUAAAAGGACUGAAACCAAAUGCCAUUUAUCUGUUCCUCAUUCGUGCAGCCAAUGCAUAUGGAAUUAGUGAUCCCAGUCAGAUAUCUGACCCAGUGAAAACCCAAGAUGUUCCACCAACAAAUCAGGGUGUGGAUCACAAACAAGUACAAAGAGAGCUGGGUGACGUUGUCCUACAUCUCCAUAAUCCAACAAUUCUUUCUUCUUCUUCUAUUGAAGUUCACUGGACAGUUGACCAACAAUCCCAAUAUAUUCAGGGAUAUAAAAUUUUGUAUAGACCAACAGCUUCAUCUCAAGGGGAAUCUGAAUGGCUGAUUUUUGAUGUGAGGACACCAACAAAAAACAGCAUUGUAAUUCCUGAACUCAAAAAAGGAGUGAACUAUGAAAUUAAGGCUCGGCCUUUUUUUAAUGAGUUUCAAGGUGCUGAUAGUGAAAUGAAAUUUGCCAAAACUUUGGAAGAAGCUCCAAGUGCUCCUCCACAAAGUGUUUCAGUCACCAAGAAUGAUGGAAAUGGCACUGCAAUUGUAGUAACUUGGCAGCCUCCCCCAGAGGACACACAAAAUGGAAUGGUUCAGGAAUACAAGGUUUGGUGCCUUGGAAAUGAAAGUCGAUACCAUAUAAAUAAGACAGUGGACGGUUCUACAUUUUCUCUAAUAAUACCAUCUCUAAUUCCUGGUAUUAGAUAUAGUGUUGAGGUAGCAGCAAGUACUGGAGCUGGAACUGGAGUAAAGAGUGAACCACAAUUUAUUCAAUUAGAUUCCCAUGGAAACCCUGUGUCACCUGAAGACCAAGUCAGUUUAGCUCAGCAGAUUUCAGAUGUUGUAAAACAGCCAGCAUUCAUUGCUGGAAUUGGUGCUGCUUGCUGGAUUAUCCUUAUGGUUUUCAGUAUUUGGUUAUAUCGCCACCGAAAAAAACGAAAUGGUCUUGCCAGUUCUUAUGCUGGUAUCAGAAAAGUCCCGUCUUUUACCUUCACACCAACAGUAACAUAUCAAAGAGGAGGAGAAGCUGUAAGCAGUGGAGGCAGGCCAGGUCUUUUAAACAUCAAUGAACCUACUACUCAGCCCUGGCUUGCAGAUACAUGGCCUAAUACUGGGAAUAAUCAUAAUGAUUGUUCUAUUAACUGUUGUACAUCAGGCAAUGGAAACAGUGACAGCAACCUUACUACUUAUUCUCGACCAGCUGACUGUAUAGCAAAUUACAACAAUCAGCUGGAGAAUAAGCAAACAAACUUGAUGUUGCCUGAAUCAACAGUUUAUGGUGAUGUGGAUCUGAGCAAUAAAAUCAAUGAGAUGAAAACGUUCAAUAGCCCAAAUCUGAAAGAUGGAAGAUUUGUCAACCAACCAGGACAGCCUACUCCAUAUGCCACUACUCAACUUAUCCAAUCAAACAUAAGCAAUAAUGUAAACAGUAAUAGUGCUGAUUCAAAUGAAAAGCAUUGGAAGCCAUCUACACAACAGAAACAAGAAGUUGCACCAAUUCAAUUCAACAUAAUGGAACAAAACAAAUUAAACAAAGAUUACCGUGUAAAUGAUAAUGUUACAACUAUUCCAUAUAAUCAGACCUAUGAUCAGAAUACAGGAGGGUCCUACAACAGUUCAGACAGAGGAAGCAGUACAUCAGGGAGCCAAGGGCAUAAAAAGGGUGCUAAAACUCCAAAGACAACUAAACAAGCUGGAAUGAAUUGGGCAGAAGUACUUCCACCACCUCCUGUUCAUCCACCUCCCCAUAAUGAUAGUGAAGAUUACAACCUCUCUAUGAAUGAAAGCUAUGAUCAUGAAAUUCCUUGCCCACUACCACCAACAAGAAUGUAUAUACGGCAGGAUGAGCUAGAAGAAGAAGAUGACGAACGGGGUCCUACACCACCAAUUCGAGGAGCAGCUUCAUCUCCAGCAGCAGUGUCCUAUAGCCACCAGUCUACUGCUACACUAACUCCUUCUCCUCAAGAAGAAUUGCAGCCUAUGCUGCAAGAUUGUCAGGAAGAAAUAGCCCAUUUGCAACACCCACCAGACCGACGGCGUCAACCUGUGAGCCCACCUCCACCUCCCAGGCCUAUUUCACCACCACAUACUUAUGGUUACAUUUCGGGACCUCUUGUAUCUGACAUGGAUACUGAUGCACCAGAAGAAGAAGAUGAAGCAGACGUAGAAAUAGUAAAGAUGCAAAACAAAAGGCUUGUUUUGCGUGGCCUUGAACAGACACCUGCUUCAAGUGUGGGAGAUCUGGAGAGUUCUGUGACAGGUUCCAUGAUCAACGGAUGGGGUUCAGCCUCAGAAGAUGAUAAUAUUUCAAGUGGACGAUCUAGUGUUAGUUCAUCAGAUGGAUCCUUUUUUACAGAUGCAGAUUUUGCACAAGCUGUUGCAGCAGCAGCGGAAUAUGCUGGUCUUAAAGUAGCAAAACGUCAGAUGCAAGAUUCUGUGGCAGGCCAUAGACAUUAUCAUGCCUCACACUGCCCUAGACCUACUAGUCCUGUCUCCACUGACAGCAACAUGAGUGCUGCUAUAAUUCAGAGGGUUCGGCCUACCAAAAAGCAAAAGCACCAGCAAGGACAUCUGCGCAGAGAAGUCUACACAGAUGAUCUACCACCCCCACCAGUGCCACCUCCAGCUAUAAAAUCUCCUACUGCCCAGUCCAAAUCUCAAGUGGAUAUCCGCCCUGUGAUGUUGCCAAAGUUGUCCUCUAUAGAACCAAGAACAGAAAGAGCAGUUGAAAGAAAAGGAAUAGGCUAUAAAGGAAAAGAAGGUUCUGAUGGCUGUCAGCAUUCUGAUAUGUGGACAUGUUCAGGGGAUCGUAGAGAAUCACAGGAACAGCAAAGUGAUAGUAAGCUAAGAGGAAACAAACCAGCAAGAAGAGAUGGCACACCAGCAAAAACACAUCCUCUCCCAGAGGAUAUUUUGCCAUACUGUAGACCAACAUUUCCAACAUCUAAUAAUACCAGAGAUCCUAGUUCUUCAAGUUCCAUGUCAUCCAGAGGAUCAGGAAGUAGACAAAAGGCAGAGCAAGCAAACUUAAGUCGAAGAAAUAUUGCAGAAAUGCAGGUAUUUGGAACUUAUGAUCAAGGAGAAGAUGAAGAUGAAUUGCAGGAGACCGAAAGCUGAAGAAGAGAUGUACUGUAACACAUUUCUGAAACUUAAUCACAAAGAUAUCACUUAAGAUGCCUCAAGUCUGAUGAUAUUUGAUGCCAGAAAGAAUAAUGUUCAGUGCAAUCAGAAUGAACACUUUUUCAUGUUUUUUGUCUUAUUGUCAGAAUCUUUAUUUUAAAGCUCUUUUAAAAAUAAAAUUAUUAAUAUGCCAUGUUUAUUUUAGGUAAUGAAGAGGGUGUUUGAUCUGUCCAUGAGACCAAUUAAGCUGCUUUUUUUUUGGUGCUAUGUUUUUGGACAAAAAAAGAAAGUGGUUGAUUUCUUUCAUUGGAAACAAAGCAGUACAAUGUAGAGAAGUCGCCAGUUGCAUUUAUAAACCCUUAUAAAAGGGAUAGUCAGCCUGAUACUUUUCCAGACAUUUUAGAUUAAAACUCCCAUCAACCAAUAUGGGUAGUAUUAUCAAAAUUCAUGAGGGUACUAGGUUGUCACCACCUAGUAUAAACUGCCACUGAUAACCAAUAAAAUGUUGCAAAUAAUUACAACUAGACAGAAGACACAAUGUUAUUACACAGGCUGUAUUUCUGUCUGUGGCAUUGCUUUCCGCCAGUCACAUCCUUUUGUUAUCAAAGUACAAAUUUAUUCAAUUUGGAUUAUGGUGGCAUAUUGUGUAAAUACAUAAACAGUUUUUGAAUUCCUUUAGUAAUUUAAUUUGUCUAGAGCCUAACCCAUUUAAUCAUUGCAUUCUUUACUUCAAGUGUUCUUUGGGAUAGGAAGAAAGCAUGUCAGUGAGAACUUGGCAGUUGCAUUAUAAUUUAAGUUUAUCAGAAGAGUCAAGCAGUUGUUGGCCUCAAUCAAUGCUAUUUAAAAUAUGUUUUAAAAGCAAUGGACAUUUUGAACUAUCAUUGAGAAAGAUAUCAACCUGACUGGCCCAAUCUCAGACCUCUACUUUAUAGUGUCAGUUUACCUUAAAUAAAAAAAGUGCCACUGAAUGGUUGUUUUGUUCUUGGGGUUUCUUUGGGGGAGGGUGUGUUUGAUUUUUUUUAAUGCACUGUUUAUUUUUUUAUUAUUUUUUAUUUUUUGGUUUUAAAAGCACAAUCACUAAACUUUAUUUGUAAAACAUUGUAACUAUUAAUAGUUUUUGUCUUACUGUAAGAUGCUAAGACUUUGUGUUCUUUUUUCAUACUUUAUUAAUGUUCUGUGUUUGUAUUGAAAAUAUUUGAAUGCUUCACAGAUGGUAAAGGUAGCAAAGCUUAAGAAUGGACCAUAAGCAGAACAUUGUAUCAUCUUAAGGAUUUAAAAUUCUUGAGUUUAUGGUGGCUUAUCUUGAUAUUGAAUUUCCACAGAAACUGAAAUAGAGCCAUUAGUUCCUUUUGAAAUUACAGGAUGAUAUCCUCUGUAGAUUUUUAUUAUCUUUUUUGUAAUUAUAAAUAUAUUUUUUGUCAUCGAUGCUAAUGGAAAACUGUGUAUUUGUUUAUGGACAAUUUUCAGGCCUAGCCUCAUCAGGAAAAAAUAAAAAAAUCAUACUUUGGUAUUUACUGAGGGCUAAAAAAAAUUCAUUUAGUCAAUUUUUAAGAAAAAGUUACCAUAAAAAGAGUACAGUACUGAGGGAACAACCCAUGUGAUUGUUUUUCAUUAUGUUGAUGUAAAAAAACUUCCAUAUUUUAGCCAUACUUUUGCAUACCAAGGAAUCAGUAAUCAUAAAAGUAAUUUUUGUCACAUUAUUUAUUAAAAACAUUCUCAAAUA